AUGGCCGAAGAACCACAAAAUCCCCCAACAGCUGAUACUGCGCCCGCUGUGAAUCCAGACGAGCCUCCAGAUUUCAAUAUUGAAUCCGACGCAGACGUUGAGCCGUUUGUCGUCCAACUCAAAGCGUUCUUGGAAAAGCAUGAUAUGGACGUUAAGGUCAAGUUGAGACCAAAGAAAAUCAGAGGGUCAACCUCCUCAGUUGAUGGUGACGGACUUAAAACAGGCGAAGUCAACAUCCCAGCCGAUUUCAAAAUCACUGGAAGAGACAACAACGGCAAAGAAGUCGAUCACGGAGGAGAUAAAGUCGAAGUCAAAGUUGUCGAUCCACAAGGCAAUGAAGUUCCAUGUGAAGUUGUUGAUAACAACGAUGGUACCUAUGACGUCAAAUACACUCCUGUUGUUCCUGGUGACCACAAAAUCGAAGUUAAAGUUAACGACGAAGUCGUUGAGAAGACUCCAGUUGAUGUGUUAGUCUUCGACGAGUUAGCUGAUGCUUUGAAUUGCACUGCAGAAGGUCCGGGACUCAAUGAAGCUGAAACCAAGACACCUGCGCCAUUCAAAAUUAUCACGAGAAAUAGAAUAGGACAGCCGUUGAAGAAAGGAGGACAGAAGUUUGAUGUUACUGUCAAUGGUCCGACUAUUCCUGCUGAUGUUCAAGUGAAAGAUAAUGAAGAUGGUACUUAUGAUGUUGAAUAUGUUGCUAAAGAGCCAGGAAAGACUCAUAUUGAUGUUAAAGUUGAUGCACCCGUUAAAGCCGAAGGAGAGAAGAAACCAGAAGGUGCUGAAGGAGCCGAAAAUGCUGCACCAGCCGAACAAGAAAAGAAACUCGAAGAAGACGGAACUGCUCCAGCGGAAGGAGAAAAGAAGGAAGGAGAACCAAAGAAAGAGAUGCAAAGCAUCAAAAACAUGCCAGUCGACUUAGAUGUCAAAUUGAAUCACGACGAUGCUGAUCCCAAACAAUGCUGGGCUGAUGGACCGGGUGUCGAAGGUGGGUGCAAGACUUGUGACUUGGCCAAAUUUGUUAUCCAUGCCAUUAAGCCCAAUGGCGAGCCCUGUGCACUUGAUAAAGUGCCGUUUGAUGUCUGCGUCACUGAUCCUGAAGACGAAGAAAUUGAAGCCAAAAUCGAAAAGGCCGAGGACGGAACUUACAACGCAGAGUACAUGCCAACUAAGCCAGGUAAAUACAACGUCGAAGUUAUUAUUAGAAACCCCGAAGUCCCAUCCAACUUCGAACAUAUUAAAGGCUCUCCUUAUACUCCAGAGAUCUUAGCUGGUAUUUCUGGCAAGAAUUGUGUUGUUUCUGGCCCAGGUGUAGAUGGUGGCGAAGAACUUGAUGAUUGCAAUGAUGCCGAAUUUACAAUUCAAGCCAAAGACUUCAAUGGUGAUGACAUUAAAGAAGGUGGAGCUGAAUUCGACGUGAAAGUCCAUGAUCCAAAUGGCGAUGAUCUUCCUUGUGAAGUCAAAGACAAUGGCGAUGGUACUUAUGGCUGCAAGUACGCUCCAGAGUUCCCCGGCGAUUAUAAGAUCGACAUUGAUAUCAAGAAUGAUACUCAUGAAAAGGUCGGUAAAGCACCAUAUGAAGUCUGUGUCGGAGAAGGUGUCGACAACAACAAGACUGGCGUCGACUGCUUCCAAUUCACAAUCAUCGCAAAGAGCAAGAGAGGUGGACCUGUCAAGCCAGGUCAUGCCAAAUUCGCAGUCAAAAUUACACAUGAGAGUGGGACUGAAAUUCCACAAGAGAACAUUGAUAUUAAGAACUUAAAGGAAGCAAAAUACAGAGUCACCUACAAAAUCGGUGAACAUGGCGCUUAUACCAUCCACUGCACCUUGAACAACAGAGACAUUAAAGGUUCUCCAUGGGUCCAGAACUGCUAA